AUCGGGAGCGUGCGACUGUUUUGACGGUAUAACUUCAAUUUUGCAUUUUUUACCAGUACUCUGAAAAUAGGAAACAAAAGUGAAGAUAAGAGAAACCAUUUAAAUGUGAAACUCUCCGACACUUCAAACUGUUUAUUCAAUAUUGAAUUUAUUUCAGCACAUGCAUGCAUCAGAAAAGUAGUACCUAGUGAACCUAGAAACGAAGUGGUUGUUUCUUUUUAAUCACCAAAGUUUUCCCUCAAACUGGCACGCUAAAUAUAUGGUUGUUUACAACGGAAAUGUGAUCAACUUUGCACAAAUAUGCCUUAAUACGGAUCUACGUUCGUUGGUAUCUACUGAAAAGGCUCAAGUGUUAAAAUAAUUCGAAUUUAAACCAAUAGAAAAACUGUGGUAACGAUCGAGGUAACCGACCAAACGGACGAAACAAUUUAAAAAAAUUGUUUAUCUUAAUCAAAUGCAAGUGUUGGCAGUAAGAACGACCGGAAAAGUGAUUGCCAUUCGACGCGAGGAUCAAUCGGUAUGGGAACGGCGAGCCUCGUUUAGCCCUCCGGUGGUCAAAAAACUGGUCAAACAGGGCGUCAAGGUUAUAGUACAGCCAUCGAAUCGGAGAGCCUAUCCAAUGCAGGCCUAUCUCAAUGCCGGUGCCACGGUUCAGGAGGACAUCAGCGAGGCGUCGGUGAUCUUCGGCGUCAAACAGGUCCCGGUUGAUGCGCUGAUCCCGCAGAAAACCUACUGCUUCUUCUCGCACACCAUCAAGGCGCAGGAAUCUAACAUGCCCCUGCUGGAUGCCUGUCUGGAGAAAAACAUCCGACUGGUCGAUUACGAGAAGCUAAUGGACCGUAACGGAGCUCGGCUGGUGGCUUUCGGCAAAUACGCCGGUGUCGCCGGGAUGAUAAACAUCCUGCAUGGGCUAGGUUUGCGGCUGCUGGCUCUGGGACACCAUACACCGUUUAUGCACGUGGGUCCCGCGCACAACUACAGGAAUAGCUCGAUGGCACGUCAGGCCGUACGAGAUUGCGGUUACGAAAUUGCGUUGGGUAUGAUGCCCAAAUCGAUUGGACCUCUGACCUUCGUUUUUACGGGAUCAGGAAAUGUAUCUCAGGGGGCGCAGGAAGUAUUUCAGGACCUGCCAAUCGAGUACGUUCCUCCGGAGAGUUUACGGAAGGUGGCUGAGCAUGGCAGCCAUAAUAAAUUGUACGGCUGUGAAGUAAGCAGAGCCGAUCAUCUAGAACGUCGUGAGGGAGGUGGUUUCGAUCCUGUGGAGUACGAUCAGUAUCCAGAGCGAUACAUCUCCACAUUCAACAAGAAUAUUGCACCGUACGCGUCAGUAAUUGUGAACGGCAUCUAUUGGGCUGUAGGAUCACCAAAACUCAUCACGAUUCCUGAUGCGAAGAACCUGUUGAGGCCAGCCAAUACUCCAUGGUUGCCUACUAGCCGAGGAGCACCAGCGUUACCUCACCGUAUGCUUGCAAUCUGUGAUAUCUCUGCUGAUCCGGGUGGUUCGAUCGAGUUCAUGAACGAAUGCACGACCAUCGAUACGCCUUUCUGUCUGUACGAUGCGGAUCGGAACAAAGAUCAGAAAAGUUUCAAGGGUCCGGGAGUGUUGGUUUGCUCGAUCGACAAUAUGCCGACGCAGCUACCACGUGAGGCUACCGAUUUCUUCGGGGAUCUUUUGUACCCGUAUGCUUUGGAUAUCCUGCAGAGUGAUGCUUCGAAGCCACUGGGAGAGCAUAACUUCUGCCAACCGGUUGAAGGUGCCAUCAUCUGCAGCAAUGGCAAACUGACACCAGCUUACGAAUACAUCAAUGAGCUGCGCGAAGCAAACAAUAGAUCCCGACACAAGACGGAAGGUUCAUCGGUAGGCAAGAAACGAGUGCUAGUUUUGGGUGCUGGAUUCGUUUCUGCUCCGCUUGUGGAAUAUCUUCACCGUGAGGGAAACGUCAGUAUUAAAGUCGGUUCUCAGAUUAAGGAAGAAGCAGAUAGGCUAGCUGACAGAUAUCGGGGAAUCGAAUCGGUAUACAUCAACGUUCAGGAUGAGAGUGCCAACUUGCAACAUCUGUGCGAGGAGAGCGAUGUGGUUGUUUCUCUGCUACCGUAUUCGUUACACGGACUGAUUGCUAAGCACUGCGUAGCUGGUAAAACUCAUCUUGUUACAGCAAGUUAUCUGAACGACGAUAUUAGAGGCUUGAAUGAGGCAGCUAGAGAAGCCGGCGUGACCUUGAUGAACGAGGUUGGUUUAGAUCCCGGCAUUGAUCACUUACUGGCUAUGGAGUGCUUCCAAGAUGUACAGGAAAAGGGAGGAAUUAUCGAGUCGUUUGUGAGUUUCUGCGGAGGACUUCCUGCUCCGGAACAUUCGGAUAAUGCCCUUCGAUACAAGUUCUCCUGGUCACCUCGUGGUGUUCUGCUGAAUACACUCUCGGCAGCCAAAUAUCUCAGCAAAGGUCAAGUGGUAGAAAUUGAGGGAGGUGGUGAAUUGAUGACCGCACCUCGAGAACUUGAAUUUCUGCCCGGCUUUGCUUUAGAAGGAUUCCCGAAUCGCGAUUCCUGCAAAUAUCAGGAACUCUAUGGACUUUCGAAUGUCCACACACUUCUAAGAGGAACCAUCCGUUACAAGGGUUUUUCUGAGAGUAUUAGACCUAUGCAGCUCCUCGGACUCAUCGACCCCAACAACCAUCCCAUGUUGCAUCCUCAUGGACCGGAAAUCACCUGGCGCCAGUUGAUCACGAACCUACUCGGAUUGAUCGAUUCGGACAUUUUCUACGAAAACCUGCGAGCCAGACUAUCGGAACGCGUCGGUAACAUUGAUGGAUUGGAAGCUCUUGGUCUGCUCGAAGACAUUCCGGUGGUUAAAAUGGGCACCCCACUGGACACUCUGAGCUACUAUCUUAGCCAGAAAUUGGCCUUUACUGAAAGUGAGCGGGAUUUGGUUGUUCUGCGACAUGAUGUGGGCAUCCGUUGGAGCGAUGGCCGACGGGAGGAACGUGGCAUCAAUUUCGUAGCUUAUGGACAACCUGCGGCUAACGGAGGACACUCGGCUAUGGCAGUUACCGUUGGCUUCCCGGCAGCUAUCGCCACCAAGAUGAUUUUGGAUGGUGAAAUCCAGCAGCGCGGUGUGGUACUUCCGUUCUCGUCCGAUAUCUACAGACCCAUGUUAGCCCGGCUAGAGAACGAAGGACUUGUUGCAACGACGACAUCAAAAAUGUUGUAACAGGAUCCUCAAAACAAAACAAAAUAAAAAAGAAAAACGGUAGCUAAAAGCCGUACGUGUAUUAAUGAUAGGAUGGAAAAAAUAUUAUGCUUAAGUAGAAGGCGGCCGGUAAGGUAGAAAGAUAAAUAGGAAACCAAAAUAACCUAAUUAUCAUUUCUUGUUUUAUCAUUCCACUUAAUAGUUGUAAAUCGAAGGUAUGCAUGGUGUAUGAGUAAGUGUGCUAAGCAAAUAAAGUAUGUUGACAACCCAUGUCAAAAAAUA